AUGUCCUCGCAAAGCCAAAUAAUUCCGGCCCUGGGUCGUCCCUUUCACCUUGGCAUGCUUUACGAUCGCCGUUCAGACCAGCUGAUUAUUGGGAAAACAUUGUGGUCUCUGGAUCAUCUAAGUCAGGCCGUUAACACGAUAACCAAACCAUACACCAACUCAGAAGUCCUUGCCGAAGACACAAUUGACGAUAAAACAAGUGCUCUCAAUAUUGAAGGAAGCAUUAAAUUGAGUUUCCUUUGGGGUUUAGUUAAUGUACAUGGAGCAGCGAAAUACUUAGAUGACAGAAAGGCAUCAAGUCACCAUUCUCGCGUUGUUCUAAAGUAUGAGACAACAACUGAGUUUAAACAGUUGACCAUGGAACAUUUGGGACCUGGAAAGGUGCAGUAUCCAGAGGUGUUUGACCAAGAUAUUGCCACUGAUGUAGUGGUUGGAAUUCUGUAUGGAGCCAAAGCAUUUUUGAUCUUUGACCAGGAAGUUUCCAAAGAUGAAUCCUUGAAAGAGGUGCAUGGAAGUAUGGAGUUACUGGUGAAAUCCUUGCCUGGUAUCUCUACAGACAUAACUGAAGACCAGAAGAAGAAAACAGAGAAAAUGCAUUGCAAGAUGUAUGGAGAUUUCAGAACAGAAGAAAGUCCAACUACUUACGAAGAAGCAGUGAGAGUCUACAAACAGCUACCAUCAUUGAUUGGGGACAAGGGUCAGAACGCAGUUGCUGUCCAAGUAUAUUUACGCCCGCUCAGUGAAAUCGAUUGCAAGAGGCAACGAAUGGUGAGAGAAAUCAGUGCCAAUUAUAUGAGCAAGACAUGCGAGAUUCAAGAGCACAUACAGUGUAUCGAGUCUAAGUGCAGCGAGUUAAUGAGAGAGGAUGUUUGUUCGUCUUUCUCUCGAGUCAAGAAGCAGUUAUCAAGUUUCAAAAGUAAUAUCUCGCGCUACAAGAUCUUUCUCCAGAAGAAGUUGUUGCCUUUGCUUCCCAGCAUAAGAGGAGGCGGAGCAGAAGAAUCAGAACUUGGCGAUAUCUUUGAAGAAAAAGAGCGUUCCCCCUUCGCACAAACUCGCAUUGAUGCUUGGAUCGUGGAAAAAGAGAAAGAGAUGAAGAGAUUGCAAAGUAUUAUCGGUUCCUUGGGAGACACUCCUUUUGUUAGCCCUGAAGAUGUAGAAAAUGAAGCAUUCGACCUAAGCAAUGAGCACGUUGUGUGCUGUACAUUUAAGAUUGGAAAGGAAGACGAUCCUCAGAUUUUGAGUAUGGAUGCCUACCUCACAGGAAAAGUUCUGCCAGAGUUGAAGAGAAAGGCAUCAUCGGGUACUGAUGACAAAAAUGUAAAUAAAAGUAUCCGCCAGACACUAAAACAGUUCUCAGAACUGAAAUCUGCAAAUGAAGAUCACAAAAAAGUGAAAUUUUUCGCCACAGAGGAGUGUCUGUCUGACAAUUUCAGUGGAAACCCGGGAGCCUUCAUCUAUCUGUACGAGGAGGGCGAACUAGAAAAUGAUGGUUUUAAGCUAUCACCAAAGCCAGAAAACCUAGAAGCAAAGAGCGCGCGAGACGAUUCAAUCGAGCUUCGGUGGAAUGAUCCGCACUGGAGCGAGAACAAAAUUAAAAAGUACAAAGUUCAGUGCAAAAAAAAUGAAGCCAACUCCGACUGGAUCACUCAGUGCACACCGUGUGGAAAUGAAGCUAGGAAAACUGCUACCAUAUCUGAUCUUCAACCAGCUACCAGCUAUCUGGUGCGAGUAUGCGCUGUGGGGCAGAUUGCGGUUAGCCAAUACAGUGAUACUUUGUAUGCAACUACCAAACCAACAAGUCCGCCUGGUAAGCCAACCUUCGCAGCUGCAACG